UUGACGCUUUAGCCAUGACGUCCCCUUGGACUAACGACAGAGAGGAAGAGUUUGUGGCCCUGAUCGAGGGAAAACCAGAAUUAUUUGAUAACACUGAGAUGAACUUCACAAACAAAACAGCAAAGAUGAACGCCUGGCUGGAGUUGGCAGAGCAUUUCCACAUCAGCGAGAAGGAACUGAGGAAGCGGUGGGACUCGCUGCGCACCCAGUACAGCAGGUACACGAAGAUGUACGCUUCUGGAAGCGCGGACGGACGCCUGUGCACCGCCAGACAGCAGUGGAUCCUGCAGCGGCUAAAGUUCCUGGACCCUCACAUCAAGAGAAGGUCCUCCUACUGCACCGACCUGGACUAUGAGGUGAUGGUGGUUGAAAACAGCUGUGAUGAGUUGAGUCCAGCGCAGGUGGAUGUAGAGCUUGAGGCUGAUGGUAUGAGCACCGUCCUCCUUCACCGCCCCGUCUGUUCGGACAGUGAGCAGAGCGCCGACACCACCAGGCUUCAGCUGCCCAGACGCCCCUACCAGGACACAGAGAAGCGCAGCUCAGACUCUCCUCCCUACCAGAGCAGCAAAAGAGCCUGUGAGAGAGACCCACGAGGUCCCGAGAGGCCUGAGCCACAGGGCCUUCUGUCACGAGCCGCUGGCAGGGAGAGUGUGGAGCGUGUGGAAAGGGAGGUGGACUCGGCCAGCCCACAGACACACUCCCGCAGCCCCGUGGCCGAUACGGACGACCGCUGGGACGCCUUCGGCAGGUAUGUGGCGUCCUGCCUCAGGAGCCUGGAGUCAUGCAGCAGUCGGACGCAAGCGCAGGACGAGCUGUGUGCCAUUUUACAGAGACACAUGGAGCGGGCGGGAGAGGGGGAUGCCACGGAGAGGAAGAACAGGAGCGUGAGCGCGUGCACGUCCUGCCGGGCCUCCACGGUGCCACCCCGCACGCACACCCAGCGAGAGCCCAGCGCGCUUGUGUUCCAGGACGACCUGGAGCCGUUCCUCAAGUCCAUGGCUAUCGUUAUCCAGAGGCUCCCCGAGGGCGUCAGGGCGGAAGUGAAGUUCAGGGUCCAUGAGCUGGUGCACAGGGCCCAGAUGAAACACUUGUAUGAACACACAAACACACAGACUGCACCAGCAGCUAACCAGGUGUCCACCUGGGAGAACGGUCUCAACUACAACCUCAUCUGACAUGGUUAGUUAUGGUGACAGCUUUUUGUACACAUUUUUAAAAAAUAAACUAUGUAUAUUUAGUAAAGCACUGUGUGAUGAGCAUGUUAAUGCAUAACAGUUUUCUAUCAGUUCUUAGCAGUUUUCAGCAUCCCGAUAAACUGUAGACAUGAGUUAGAAUAGACUGGUGUGUUUAUUGCUAAAUGUAGUACUACACUGUGGCCAGAAGGGGGAGACCAUACCUCAGGAUAGUCACUUAGUACAUUCUUAGUACACCAUGACGUACACUAACCUUAGCCCAACUCACUCUGCUGCUGUAACAGUUUUUCCUCACUGGCUUAUCAUUGCAUAUGAGCUCUCAAUCAAAUAAAAGCUUUAAAAGAAAUUAAGUUUCUGUAGGUUUUGAAAUGCAAUACUAAAUUGAAAGAUAAAAGACCAGUUUCCCAGACAAUCUCCAAGACUGAACUGCAGUGGCAGUCGUGAAUCUUCUGGGAGUGUCAAUCACAGAGUUACAAAGUCGUGAAUCUUUUGGGAGUGUUGAUCAGAGUCGUGAAUCUUUUGGGAUUGUUGAUCAGAGUCGUGAAGCUUUUGGGAGUGUCGAUCACUGAGUCAUGGGAGUUUUGUUGGGAGUAUUUAUCCCAUAAUCUUGCUCUCCUCCUCUCUACCCUGUUCUCCAAAUACAUAAAGCAGUUCGGUUCCUUUCAGAAUUAGAACCAUGCCAAGCUGAGCUCCUCGUGGUGUUUCAGCACAACCCUCAACUCAGACCGAGUGAGAAGAUUCCUCUCAACAUUGCCUACUUCAUUGUUUUUUAUAUAAAACUUGCAGUUUUGUAUUAGAUACUAACUGUAUUUGGUUGGCUUUGUAUAUGCACUCUGCUCAAUACACUUUAAGCAGUGGUAGCUCAGUGGUUAAGGUACUUGACUUGACUUGUAAUCGGAAGGUU